CGGCAGCAGCGCCACACCGGGGCUGAGGAGUGGGUGACGAGAUGCGAUCACCACCACCAGGAGCAGCAGCAGGAAAAAACAGCAGGAGCCAUAAAAUGCACGGACCACAAGGGUCCAUUUGACUGUCAGUCAGGCGGUUCUCAGAUCCCGAGGGUCUGCUCCUGGUCCAUCGGUGAGCCGUGGUCGAAGGCGCCGGAGGAGCUCUGUCAGGCCGAGCUCGCUGGUUGUCUGGUUUAGCCAGUGUGCCACAGUUCCAGGGGAUGGCUAGCUGGGCUAACGUAGCCAGCUAACAGUUAGCCUGACCGUUUAGCUUCCCCGGCCGCUGGAGCCUCCGUCUGCGGGAGGAGACCUGCUCCGAGUGCGGCUGUAAAAGCGCCAGUUUUUGUUCCUCCCUCGACCGGUCCGUCGAGUGCCGCAGACGGCGGGACGGUCUUUCUGCUCGUUCGGUGGAUGGACAGUUCGACGGGCGCUCGUUGUCACUGCGCGGGCGUGCGGCGGUGGUUUCGGGGCGGCUAGGCUUGCGCUCGGCCGGGAAACCAGCGGAGGGAUCGUACAAAUGUGGCACCGUGGGGGGUUUUUUUGCGAGCGUUAUUCUUCCCGGGUGACCGACGACACGGGGACCGGAGAACGAAGUGUUGGCACGCAGACCAUCCGCCGACUCGGCACGUCAGCGCGCUAACUGAGAUCAGCCCGAAUAACAUGGUCGUUCGCACCGUCGCUGGUUGUGUGAGACGUUCGCGGACACGCUGCAUUGCAACUUCUCUGUCAGCUGUCACUCCCCGUAGCCCGAGGAUUCACUGCUUUGACUAAGCUGUCAAAUAUUUGACACCACGACGAGGACGGGGCCGACUCUGCUGUCAGCCCCUCGAGCUCCGUGAUACAAGUGUGUGGAGACCCGUGGAAGAAGCCAACUGUUGCUCUCGAGCAGGGGUUGUGUUCGAUUCCUGCUCUGUGUGAGGUGUAGCCCGGCGCCCCCUUGUCAGACGGGCUUCUUUCGGCUCAUGUGGUGAUGACUCUAGACUCCAUGAUGGCUUGUUGCCUGAGUGAGGAGGCGAAGGAGUCCAAACGAAUCAACUCGGAGAUCGAGAAGCAGCUGCGGCGAGACAAGAGAGACGCGAGGAGGGAGCUGAAGCUGCUGCUGCUGGGUACUGGAGAGAGUGGCAAGAGCACUUUCAUCAAGCAGAUGAGAAUAAUCCAUGGGUCAGGCUACACAGACGAGGACAAGAAGGGUUUCACCAAACUCGUGUACCAGAACAUCUUCACCUCCAUGCAGGCCAUGAUCCGCGCAACGGAGACUCUCAAGAUCCCGUUCAAGUAUGAACAGAAUAAGAAUAAUGCCCAGCAGGUGCGCGAGGUGGACGUGGAAAAGGUGUCAUCAUUCGAUCAGCCGUACAUUGGCGCCAUUAAGAUGCUGUGGACCGACCCUGGCAUCCAGGAGGCCUAUGAUCGCAGAAGAGAGUACCAGCUCUCCGAUUCAACCAAAUACUAUCUAAGUGAUCUGGAACGUAUUGCUGAACCGUCCUAUCUACCAACCCAACAAGACGUGCUUAGGGUUCGAAUCCCAACCACUGGGAUCAUAGAAUACCCUUUCGACUUGCAAAGCAUCAUUUUCAGGAUGGUGGAUGUGGGGGGUCAGAGGUCAGAGAGGAGGAAGUGGAUCCACUGCUUUGAGAACGUCACUUCCAUCAUGUUCCUGGUGGCGCUCAGCGAGUAUGACCAGGUCCUGGUUGAGUCAGACAAUGAGAAUCGUAUGGAGGAGAGUAAAGCUCUGUUCAGGACCAUCAUCACAUAUCCCUGGUUCCAAAACUCCUCCGUCAUCCUCUUCCUCAACAAGAAGGACCUGCUGGAGGAGAAGAUCAUGUACUCUCACCUGGUUGACUACUUUCCAGAGUUUGACGGUCCCCAGCGGGACGCUCAGGCAGGACGCGAGUUCAUCUUGAAGAUGUUUGUGGACUUGAACCCCGACAGUGACAAGAUCAUCUACUCCCACUUCACAUGCGCCACCGACACGGAGAACAUCCGCUUCGUCUUCGCAGCCGUCAAAGACACCAUCCUGCAGCUCAACCUCAAAGAGUACAACCUGGUGUGAAGGAGCGACCGAAAGAGAAUGAGAGCGAGGAAGAGAGCCACAGGACCAGCCCCCCCCCACACUCACACACACAAACACACACAGACACACACACACACACACACACGCACACACACACACACACACACACACACACGCACUCACAGCAGAGUCCACAUCUAGAUACACACACACACAUCUGCAUAAAACAGAUUGCUGCCCGACGAGAUAAGCAUUGCUUUAUGCUUUACCAGACCAACACUACUCUUUUCACGUAGCUGCUCAGUUGUGUGUUGCCCCCUUUUAUUUUAUUUUUUAUUAAUCGCUCCUCUUGCACAAACACACGAAACACACUCAAAUAUAACACUUCCUCCAUGAUUUUUGGAUCUACUCCGGGGCUCCCCUUGGUUCUCUGUGGGCCUGCGGCCUGGCCCACAUUUUUCUUACUUUCUUUACACUACAUCAUCACCAGUGCUUGUGUGAGUGAGGUGGGUAGAGGGCCUUCUCUGGGCAGAGUAAGCUUUUAUGGACAAAGGGCUCUCUCCUCUUCUUCUUAUGUAACCCAUGCAUGCUAUACACUACAGAAUGAGGGCACACGGCCCGGCUGCAGACCCUGCACUCUAAUCGUCUGCAAAGGGUCACUAAUUAUGACGAUAAGAAUUUAUUAUCUGGCAGUGAGGGGGGUGCAGUGAGGUACUUGGUUCCCCGUUGGUCUUGGAUUGCCUAUUUGAAUUUACCUUUGUUAACCCCUGCCCCAUACCAGAGCACAGGAGCUCUGUUGAAUGUAAAUACAGUUAUUGUGCUGCUUACACAAAGGUGAGGGGUACACGGAGACGACUACACGCUCUCUGUAGACUUUUAAUAUUUUCAGCUAUAUUAAUUUCUUGGGUGUAUUAUUGCUACUAUGGUUCUCUGGUUUAAAGUUGAAUUGAAGAAUCUCCUCCAGAAAGAGUCACAAUAUGUUCUAAUACACUGCUCCUCAUUGUGAAGUGUUGACAUACAUCAUGAAACAAAAGAUUGAGAGACCACACUUCAAGUAUUUACACACUAGAGUAUCAACCCUAUUAUUUUGUAUCGCUUUGCCAAAAUUUAAACCACGUACAUUUGUUCUGUAAAUAUAAACACGUCGCCAGUGUCCUGCUCGAGUGGUUCAGAUACUAACGAAACAAAUUGCAGAACUGGCGUUGCCAAAAUUAUGUGCGAAUUUUCUUUUUGUGUUGCAUCAGUCAGAUGUUGAUGGCUUAACAAUUCACUUUGUGUGUUUCUUUGAUGUCGAACGUUGUCAGAAUCACACGUGUAUUAGUCCUGUGAUUUAUUUUCUCUGUUUCCUUUUGAAGGCGAGAAUAAUCUUCCUGUGCACAAUGUGUGAAUGAUGAUAACACAUAAGUCCAGUGCAAUAGUUGGUUGUAGAUUUAAAAAAGAAAAAAAAGCUUUUAGGCCACCAAUUUUGCUUCAGUCACAACUUUGCUCACUUUUAUCUAAAUGGCUCGUCUCCGUAAUAAACUUUAUUUUUGCCAUAUUAUUCAGCCAACAUUUGAUAAACUGUAACCAAUAGCAAGAGAGUAAAUAGUUCAGUUUUUUAUCUAAUUUAUCAAUCAGAUCUGUGCAUUGUUGACAGUAAAUGAGACUUCCUCCCUUAGUUUCAGUGCAAAGUUUUUCCAACUUAAGAGAUGGUAGGAGAUUUUAUACUGCUGUAAAAUAUCAAAACUAUUUUAUGGACGAGUGGUCUAUCUUUCUAAUGAUACUUCAUAUAUUUAGCUGUUGGAGUUCUGGUUUGAAAUGCUUGACAAUGGGGGGAAAAAUACACUGUAUCCAUGUCAGGUUUAUGCUUUAUGCAAAUAGGAAAAUGAAAACAGACGAAAAACGUAAUGGUUGAAUAUGUACUUUUCAAGGUUGAUUGCAUUUUUGGGGGGGUACAUUUUAAGGAUUUGUGUUGGCUAUUGGUACCAAUCCCAUAUCGUGUCUCUUGCCUGAUUGUUGUUUAAAUAUUCCAUUAAGCUGAAAGUUGAUAAAUGGCUUCUUUUCUUUUUUUCUUCACAAUGUAAUUCAGGUAAGUUUCCAUAACUUUUUCAUCACAAGGGCUACUACUAGCAGAUUUGGUAGAAAUAAAAAGGACUAUGGAUGAUUUGGAGCAAAAGGUGAAAUUAAUUAAGUCAGGGGGCCAAGGGCGUUGACAUCCUUGUUGAGGAUGAGGGCAUCAGGCUCGGUGAGGGAGGAACACAGCGGUCCACAGAUGCCUACAUGACAUUCCAAUGGGAAGUGUGGCAGCUGUUUGGCUCUUUAGUCACGAUCGUUUUGCCUUUGGAAGAGGAGGACAGCUACCGGGGCUUUCCCAAGGUGCAAAAGCACAUUGUUAGUGUUUAAACUGUCGCACCUAAACAUGAUUUUGCUCUUCUGAUAAAUUGUGUGCUGAUCGUUUUGGCUUUACAAUAAUUUCUGCCAUGUGGUUUUGCAUAUGCGAUUUUUUUUUUUUCUUCUCAUUGGUAGUGUUCCAUGGUUGACUUUGGCAUAGUGUCGAAAGUAAGAGGGGGGAAAAGGAGUGCUGGGGACAUUUUGACUUUUUUGUACGCAUUCAAAAAGAACUGGCAGAGUCACAAUAAUUAAACAUCAAUGACUUCACUCAAAUUGUUUACACAUCAAAUGUUUUUGUGAUUUUUCUAUAGAGAAAAGAAGCAGCGUGUUCUAAUGAUUCAGUUCGAUGACCCAGUGAGAGUAAUCUUUACACCUCUCGUGUAAACGUGCAUAUUAUGUUCACGGUGCCCUGGCUUAUAUGUUUUAGACUUUAUGCAUUCUGAAACAACAUGAAGGAUGGACAUGUGUAGUUAUGCUAAGUGCCACAAUAUUUUUAAAGAGUUCUAACCAGACUUUGUCAAAGCAAGUUAAGUCUGGCUGUGAGCUCGUUUAUUCAGCUCGUAGUGAUACACGUUUUAUCUUCAGGCAGCGCUUUGAAGCCUUUUCAUGAGCAGUUUUUCCCAUGUUUGGGGUGAAGCUUCACACACACACACACACACAUUUACACUAAGUUUAUUUUGCAGCACACUUUACAGUUUGAAUUGAAGAGCUUGUGUAUUUCCAUAAAUGAAUGAAUGAACUGACAGACGUCGGCUUAUUGUGGAAAAGGAAUAUUGUGCUCUGGGAGAACGGUGCGAUCUCUGUUUGUGUUUUUGAGUUUCUCUGCUUGGCUGCACCCGAGCAGUAGUGGUUCCGUCCGUUUUCACUUGGUGACAACAUGUGGACGUCGUGUCUCGUCUGGUUGUAACGGCACCGGAGCCAACACAGGAGAAGUCAGAUGGCGGCUCUGCCAGUGAUCAGAGCCGCAGCAGAGCUAGGUCACUUUUAAAUUUAAAACCCCUGCACGUUCAUUUAUACUGUAUCUGCCCACGGAGCAAGUCAAAGAACGUUUGUACGACAAUCCAGUACAAAACACUGUGCCGAGCAAAAUUCAAUCAGCAACAGAAAAUAUUUCAAAAAGUAAAUAUCUGUAAUAACUUGACCCAGAUCUGUGGCGGAAAAAUUAUUGUAACUUUUAUUAAUCUACUCUUGCAUUCUUUUUUUUUCUCUUCCAAAUGAAGCUUGUGUGUAAAGCCUCAGUAUUAAUGUAUUUAUUGAAACACUUGCCAAGUGAAGGUACUGAAAUGGCCAUUGAAAUAUGUUGGUGGUUAUAAUAACGAGUGAGUGAAUAUGCCGUGAGUUUACAUGUCCACCGUUCUCCGCUCUGUUGGGGUUUCAUUUUGUUUUCUUUUCUCCUCCUCUCCUUACUUGAUUGGACUUUGUAUUCUUUCCCUGGGUCGAAGGCACUGAAACUGCACCACUGCAAUGGGCCUGCAUUCAUGCAACUUUAGAUGUCCUUUCAAACGUGCUUGUUGGUACUCUAAGGUGUGUAUGUGUGUGUACACUUUUGAUGGCUAUUGCUUAUGCUUGAGAUCCAUUCUGGUUAGAGGGAUGGAUAUACAGUGAUAUUAAAUGCUAUCUUUGCAUAUAUAUAUAUUUAUUUUUUUUUCCUCUUUUGUAAGGUUGACACACCUUAACACGUGUUUGUAGGACCACUUAAGAUGACAGACUUUUUUAAGAGUUAAACUUUGUGUAGUGGUGUACAAAUUGAAAGUAAUGUAUUUUUGUUUGAUUUUUUUUUCGUUUUUUCUUUUCUUUCUUUUUUUUUUUUAAGUAUACCAAAUGUAAAUUAUGUACAAUGAGUGUGCCAAUCCCCUUUCUUUGUAAAGCCAGACUCUUAACAAGUGCCAAUGUUGUGAAAAAUCAGAGGGCCUGUGAAUUUCAUGGUCCAGUUUUUAAAACAAAUAAACACUAAGUAUGUGAUUAAUUAACAAAAAAAAAGGACAAUUUUAUUCUAUAUUUAAGAUUAAUGAUGAACUGCUGUUUUUAAGAUAAAUGUCAUUUUAAUUGCAUGUUUGCCAGGUUGGGGAGGGAGUGGGUGGGUGAGAUACUGUAUUCAUGCAACACCCUCAUGAAAAAGGGUCCUAAUGGUUAUUGAUUUACAGUAUUUUAGCCAUAUUUCUCUUUUGUAUGUUUCAUUUCAACCACUGUUGCCUGAACCUCAUUCAGACAUGAAAAUGAUUUUCAUAGCCUUCUCCUUUAAAUGUUUUAAAUUGGAAUAAAAGACGUUCCUAUACUCUC